AUGUCCUCACAGUCAGUAACAUUAACGAAUAUUUACUAUGAUAUUCGUUCUCGGUAUAGUCGGAUCUUUGCUGAACAUUGCUCUGUUUUCUCGACGACAACUGCGAUAAAUUUCCUGUUGCACACUCAUUUAGAUUUUCUUGCUGCAUCCUGUCCAAAUAUCUUUUCAUUGUCUUGGGGUAUUCUUGCAACACUUUAUGGUCUUAACCAUGUCUAUCCAGGCAGUUUGGCUGCGACUUUCUGUAAACCACUAAUUUAUUUACCACAUAUUGGUCUUCAAAUGACACGGAUCUUUCUGGUUUUGAUCGUUACGCUCUGA